AUGUCAAUCUCUUCUAAUGUUACUCCAACUCCUUUAGUAUCUAAUCCACCUCCUGUUUUACAAUCUCAAGUCCCAAUUGCUCCACAACUUCGUGUGCAAUUCCCAAAUAAUAUACUUACACAAUGUGGUCCUUCACCAUAUACAAGACCUCCAGUAUAUUCUCAAGGUACUUAUUCAUCUUCUUCAUUAGGAAGAGCACCACCAAUUAUGUAUCAAACACGUGAUAGAGGAUAUACACAAGAUGAUCAAAUUUGUGAACAACUUAUCGCUGACAAUGAACGAUGUUUAGAAAUUAUUACUAAUACAGUAUUGCAAAAACGAUCUGAUUUUGGUGAUACUACUACAGUAUUUAAUUCUAAUGUUAAUAAACUACUUCAACUUACAGGAACUAUGACUGCAAAUCUCCCUUUAUUUUAUUUCGCACCAACUAAUAUUAACAUACCUAAAUUUAAAAAAGUUAAUUUACCUCCACAAGAUCCAUCUGUUCGUCCACCCCAACAAUAUGGAUUAGAUUUCCAAAUACAAAAACAAACUCCUAGAGAAAUUUCUAUUGAUAGUAGAAGAACUGAGCUAAUGUAA